AUGUUGGAGAAGAAUUUCCAGAUGAAGGUUUACCCGGAGGCCGUUCGUAGAGCACUCCGCACUGCGGGCUUGGGGGCUAUCGAGAAGGAAAAGAAGCCUUUUUUGCUUAGUGACGCUAAUGUCAAGAAGAGACUUGCGUGGUGUAAGCAGCACAAAGACUGGACUGUUGACGACUGGAAACACGUUAUUUGGACAAACGAGACCAAAAUUAACCGUUUCAACUCAGAUGGGCGACAGUGGGCCUGGAUUCGAUCUGGUGAACAGCUUCAAAACCACCAUGUCAAGCUCACGGUAAAACACGGUGGUGGCAGUAUCAUGCUUUGGAGUGCCAUCACAGAAAUUCUGCAAGACGAAUUGGAAGAGACUAUCACUUUUUCCAUCGAGAAAUUGGGCUUCAGCCGUGAACAAGUGAUAUUUCAGCAAGACAAUGAUCCCAAACACACCUCAAAUUUGGUCAAGGAUUACCUUCUGGAACAGCCAUACCAGGUCAUGGAGUGGUCCCCACAAUCUCCAGACUUGAAUCCUAUCGAAACCAUGUGGGCUUUGUUGAAAAGGCGUCUCAAUGAGUAUGAAACCGCAACCAAGGGUAUGAAUGAAUUAUAUGAGCGAGUAACUGAGAUUUGGUAUGACCAAAUAAAGCCGGAGGAGUGCCAAAAGGUUAUAGAAAGUAUGCCUCAACGUAUUGCGGCCGUUAUCAAAGCAAAAGGGAAAUGGACAAAGUAUUAA